AUGACAGGCGCCGAAUAUUUACAAGUUUAUUUGUAUGUGUAUAUUUUUAUACGCACAGUAAACGAAUAUGCAAUGGAGUUGUCACGGAUAUUGGUCAAUUUGAUAAUAACUGUAGUGAAUUUUGGUGUGUCUACAUCGAGUCUCUAUGAAGAAAAAGGUGCUGGUGGUCAGACGUUGCCAAAGGCAGCAACAUUUCACUUUCCUGAGUAUGCUUACAAGGAGACUAGCAAAAAUGAAAUUCUAUAUCACGAAUUCGAGACAGCAUGUGAACGGAAUACUCUAUGCGAAAACUUGGAAGCUGUUGUGAAGAAAUCAUGUGUGCGGCGAUGUAUUUCGUAUACUUGCUAUCAGGAUAUUUACGGAUUCGAUGAGCUUGAAGAGGGCGAGAUUGACGUUCGUCUGAAUUCUUUUAAGGGAUGUGUAAUUCAGCGCACUGGAAAAAACCACCGCCGUUAUCCGAGCACACAGGGAUUAUUAUUUAACCGCUUCGAUUUAGGAGAGUUUUUCUUCAAUGUGCAGUGGAAAUUAACCAAUUUUCUAAAAAAUAUGCUUUAGCAAAUUUUUACAUUAAAUCUGGUGUUUUAUAUCAAAGAAUAAAGGAGUAACUUAUCAAUUCUCAUGAAAGAUA